UGUGACUUUUAGUUAAGAGUCCAGAGAAACCCCUCCAGCACAUCAUCAGACAUAGAGCAUAACUGUAAACAGCAUUACUGUUAUAACAGAAUGGGUUUUAUAAUAUUAGUUUAAUUGCAUAUCAUGAAGUUUGCUUUGGUUCCUGAAUAUGAGCUCUCACAGAUGCUUCUGUAUUUUGGGCUUAUCUGCACUAGUGUGUUUGAAAUUUAACUCUGGUACAGUGAUGCCUCACACGAGAUCCUUGGAUUCUGGGGCAAGGAUACAUGAAAAUGAGAGAAACAAAAUCCUGAUUCAUCUAAUUGUUUCUAUCUAUAUAUAAAGCCCAUUUUUCUUCAGGAAGGGGGUAACAAGGGUAGGACUGAGCGCUUCAGCUCCACGCCGGACGCUGUAAAAGGGAUUUGCAAAAGCGUAAGGUGAAAGCAGAGGGGCGGAGGACGCGGGCGGUGAGCGCAGGGCCCGAGCCCCUCAGCGGCCGGGCCGGGCCCGCGGCCCCGGCUCCUUCUGCCCUGGCGGUGACGUCACGCCGCUCGCCGUGACGCCUGCGCUCAGCGCGGAGCGGAACCGGCCUGCCCGGGGAGGGAACCGCGCUCCGUGACGGAAGCGAGCCGGCGGCCCGGAGGUAAAGGCUGUGAUGUUGACCAGAACAGCAGUUAAUGUCUUGCUCUACUGGACAUGAAGUUGAUGGUUUAUUUGCAAUUUAUGAAUUAUUUUGAAGAUGGGCAAGGUCUGUGCUGUUUUUGGAGGAUCCCGUGGGAUAGGCAAAGCUGUGGCAGAGCUCCUGGCACAGAAAGGCUGCCGCCUGGCCAUCAUUGCUAGGAAUCUGGACGUGGCCCAGAGCACUGCCCGUAACCUUGGUGCAGGACAUCUGGCACUUAGCUGUGAUGUAUCCAGUGAACAAGAAGUCCAAAAGACUUUUGAGGAGAUGCAGAGGAAUUUGGGUCCUAUUAACUACUUGGUUAAUGCAGCUGGGAUCAACAGGGAUGGUUUGCUACUGAGAACCAAGACUGAAGAUAUGAUAGCCCAGAUUCACACUAACCUUUUGGGAACAAUGUUGACAUGCAAGGCUGCUGUAAAGGUCAUGAUUCAACAGCAGGGAGGUGCUAUUGUCAAUAUAGGGAGUGUUGUAGGACUUAAAGGCAACUCUGGUCAAAGUGUGUAUAGUGCUACCAAAGCAGGAUUAGUUGGAUUUUCACGCUCUCUUGCUAAAGAAGUAGCAAAAAAGCAAAUCCGAGUCAACGUUGUUGCUCCAGGCUUUAUUCACACAGAGAUGACAGCUCAUUUGGAAGAAGAUCAGUUGAAGAAAGCAAUUCUCCUUGGAAGAUUUGGAGAGCCUCAUGAAGUUGCACAAGCUGUUGUCUUUCUUCUAGAAUCCCCAUAUGUUACAGGGAGUGUUCUGGUUGUAGAUGGAGGCUUACAGCUUAUGACCUAAGUACUACCUUGAAUAAAUGACUGCUUUAAUUUCAUGAUGGUAAUAUAUAAAUAUAUAGUAAAUAAAGGGAGAGGGUUGGAAAUCGUUUGAUGAUUGAUGUACAUAAUUGACUUGGUCUUAUUUAGUCAGAGGAGAAAUUCACCAGCAGCGAAGUGCAACGUGUGUGUUUAGCUGCCUGAAAGAGUCUGUGUGGUAUUACAAAGUCUGUGUAUGAAACAGUUUGAAAAAGAUCUGGUUUUGAUAUAGUGAUAGCUUUAAUAAUGUGCUGAUAUGUUUUUAAAGCACUGUAUUUUUCUAAAGUCCUGUUUGCUAAUUUGGGACAGAAUGAGAUUUUAUUUGAAUUAUCACAUUGCACAAAGGUUAAUAAAGUGCAGAGACAUAUUUAUUGGGUGGCAGGUAUGAUUUCAUCAAGUUUUUCAAGUAGAGCAAAGAUUGUGAACUGCAUAGUUUUGCAUUCUUAUCAGUUAGUCCCUACAAAGUAGCAAAAAGUUUCCUUUGAGCUUUGUUUGUUUGUACCUAACACUACAAAGCUAGGAACUUCUAGAUCUUCAGGCAUACCUGAGUUGCCUUUAGAAGCUUUAAUUAUAUGCAAUGUGUUUUUAUAAAGACAAAGCCUACUCAGUUCCAUUCCUGUAUGUAUGUACAGCACUCACUCAAUCCAGUGGCUCUUGCACGUGUCUAUUGAAGGAUUGCUACAGCACUGGAGCUGCUAAUCCUCUCAUACUCUCAGCUUGAGCUGCACAUUCACUGCUGAACACUAUGGCUUCAGACCUUGCUCUGUAGGACACUUUGCAAGGACUCAGAAGAUGUUUAGAACAUGUGUCACUUCCAGAACAAAAAGUCAAGGUGUUCUGUGUUUUGCUCUGUAUCUUCAUGAACACUCAGUUCAGCUGUUAAGUUGAUGCUCUCUCAUAUAUAUGAAUAGUCAAUAAAAUAGCCAUUUAUUUUAUUCAAAGCAA